GCGCUUGUCGACGCCCAGUCAGUUUGCAACGGGAAUUCAUUUGGUUAAGACGUUUCUUUCGGUAUAAUGUGUCUUCGAUGCGAUUUUGUUCAAGCCUAACGGUUUGUUUAGUGCGAUAGAGGCAUUAAUAAAAAACAAAAAAAAUUAUUUGUAUCCCACGACUAACCAACGGUUGCACUGAAUUGAAAGUCGUGCUCAAAAAUUAAAUCGAAUUAAAAUAAGCAGCAAAAAGAAAGUUCCAAGAAAAAUAUACUAAAAUUAUAUGUAAAAAUGUGGACAUUGCUAUUGCCAUAAUUAUGGUAUAACUGUUAAUUAUAAACGAGUGCAAGCGUGUUUAAAUGAAAAAUUUUAUAUAACAUCGUAUUGAAAAGAAAGUUGUAAAUGUGUUAAUUACAAAUCAAUAAAGUUUAUGAGGGGAAAAGAUAAUGAAAUUUAUUUUUUGUGUACAAAAUACAUUUGUUUCAAGUCAACUUGUAAAAUACAAAAGCAUCUCUAAAUUUAAUUUUAUAUAUAAAAUCAAAAUAUUAUUUUAAGGACUCGCAGUAAAAAGUUUACAAAUAAAUAACAAAAACGGCAUUUCAGAAAAAUAUAAUUUCCUGAUUUCUUUAUUGCGGGUAAUCCAUUUUUCGAUUGGAAUACAACAAUAUGAAUAUUAAAAUUGUGACCUGUCUUAUAUUGCUCUCACUCGCCACAUUAUUGCGCAUUGCUUCGUGUGCAGAGGAUGAAAACUCCACAGAGACGAAUGAAAUAAUUCCACGAGAAGCAAUCGGCAAGUUAGAUUACUCCGUAAGACAAGCUUUGUUACGUGCCAUAGACAAGUUAGAGCGAGAAGCAGCAAAUGAAGACUACGAUGAGGAAGAUACGGAAGAUCAGAAUCCCACUGCCGAAGAAGCGCCGACAGCUAUCGAUGCGACCAUUCUUAGCACGAACAACAGCAGCAGUGUUUCUACCACCACUUCGAAGGAUGAAAUACUCGAAGAGAGCACGAAUAAGGCCGACGUGCAUCCAACUGUACAGUUUUACACAGCCAUUUUCGAUGAGAAACAUGCACACGAGCAACCAUUGGCAUCGUUUAUCGAUCGUUCGCGCUUCUGGAAGAAGACAAACAAAAAGGGUAACUCAGAUACAGCGGUGAGUGUCAACGAGGACACCGUGGCGCACGCCUCCAGCACUUUCGAAAGUAGCCGACAGAGCACGCGCAGUGUUGCCAAUGGACCCAACUCAAAUACCGCAGCGCGUUUGAAUGAAAUCUCUGGUGAGAAUUCGGAUGAAGUGAAAUUUGAGAUACGUAAAACGCACUCACUUUCAGUGCCGACAACUUCAACUACAACAACAACAAGCACUACGACGACGACAACUACAACAACCGCGCGCCCACGUACAACUCGUCGUCCACGACCAACCACCACCACUACAACAACGACAACCACACCACGUCCCACACACAAUGAAGACGGCGAAAAUAUCGAAGUGGUGGAGAAAGACGAUAUACGCAUACAAAAGGCGCCGCUGGUGACCGCAUUUACCGUCGAUCUGGAUGAACGCGGUGCAGCCAAGAAUGUUAUACCCAUUGUCGAUCCACCGAAGGUACAGCGCCCACUGGGCACAAACAAUGCCCAUCAGUCAUUCGCUGCUGGUCCAACUAUAUCGAAGCUAAAUGUUCUUCCCUCAAAUUCGCUGUCUGGUGUGCCGCAAAGUAAGGCCGUGUACAGUAAUAUUGGGUUGGUGGCACCUACACAAGCAACCAACAUUUUAGCAGCAUCCACUACGCCAUUUACUAAUAUUCUGCCAGCGGAGAGUUUUAUUACCCCUUCUACGCAAACCCUCGCGGCGGUGAACGAUAAUCCGCACCAAGAAGGUGUAAGCAAUUACCUAAUCGAACGACAACGACAACUCGAACAACAAAUCUAUCAACUGAAACUACAAGCACAACAACAACAAGAUUUAAUUUUGCGUCAACUGAAAUUGCUGGAGGAGCAAACGAAAUUUAAUGGCGUGCCGCACCCCACUGUGCAAACAUUGCCAAUCACAACUACACAGAGUUUCUUACAACCCAUACAACAACAACAACAGCAAGCACAACAGCAUCAACAAUUAGCGGUACAACCAACGCAAUCUGCAGCACUUACACCACCCGCAGUGCAACAACAACAAUCACAAGUCGUCAGCUUCACCAUACGACCCUCCGUGGAAUUCAUACCGAACACGGUCACCCAAAGUAGCACGUCAUUUUUCAACACUUUCCCUGUCGAUCAGCAAUUACCGUUACGCGAGCGUGUUAAUAGCUUUGCACAUGGCGAGCAGCGCAACAAUUACACGCCGAAUAUAUUGCCGGUGACGCAACAACAAUUGCCCAUCAAUGACCCGGUGCAAAAAGUCUUUCAAAAUAUACAAAACCUGCAGAGCCAGAAGGUGAAUCCGACGCAGCCGCAAGCGACAAAUGCCGGCACCUCAGUGCAAAUACAAGCAUCAAAUCAAUUUAAGUUCGCACCCACCUUUCCGACGGUGCAGACACCGUUAGAGGUGUCACUGUUCCAGGCGUUGCCGCAGCACAAUCAUCAGCACUUCCACGCGCAGCAGCCGCAGCAACAGCAACAACAAGCGCCGCUAGUGCCGGGCUUUUUGAGUCAGGCGCUGUUGGAACAGCAACAACAACAACAGCAGCAGCAACAACAUCGCUCACGUUUAUUCCGCCAGGAGGCAGGCACAUCUAAUUUCGGCCAAAAGCAGUCAAUUACACAAUUUCCCUCGGUCCAAUCUGUCAUACCCGCGUCCAUACUGGGCCAACAGCAGCAGCAGCAGCAGCAACAACAACAGCAACAAACGCUGGAUAAUCAAAAUUUCUAUCGGCAACAUUUGGAUCCGCAAAUUAGCAAUCAACUGCAGCAGAAUGCACAAUUUUACCAACAACAACAACUGCAACAACCACCAGCACUAAACCGUGGCAUUAACAACUUUGCACCGCCAACUUCACAAAACCUAAACUUCGCUGGACGCUUCUAAGUGUGGCACCUAGCCGUAGUCUAGUAAAGCAUGAGCGCCGCGUCAAUCUACGAGUAGAUGCACUUCCACAAUCACCAUAUCGGUAUGUAGUAAUGCACCGUUCUCUUAACUUGCCACACCAGUCAACCAGAUGAUGAUGUCCUUCUCUUUAUAAGACACAAUCCAGUCCUUGGCGCAGCCGGCACAUCACGAAAGCAACGCAAUAACAACUCAAUGGCUUCAAUAGAAAAGUAAAAUGCACCUGUUUAAUAUCAGCAAAAUUUCAAAACUAACAAUUGUUAUUAACAUCAUAAAUGCACUGUAAUGAACUUGUGAAACACUUGUAAACAAUUCGAUAUAUGGAUGUAUGUAUGUAUAAUACUAAAAAAAUUUGGUUAAUUUUAUAAUUCGCCAAAGGUCAAGGGCAAUGACAAAAUCUGAUAUUCCUUGAUUACUUAAUGAUUAUUUAUACGAGUUGUUACCAGUUUUCUGACCCUUAGUUUGAUUGAAAUUUAAUUUAAUUCUAAUAUAAUUACAUAACCUGACUUUUACGACUCGCUUAGUUGAGUCAUAUGUUUAAAAUUUUAAAUGUAUCCGAAAAAUAUUAGACAAAAAUGAGAACACAUUCUAAUCUCAAACCAGAUCAUGUAUAGUUAGGAUUUAAAAUAUACUUUUUUUUCAACAAAGUAUAAAAUACCUGGCAUAUGCCGUUCUAAUGAUAUUACCUAUAAUACACUACCCGACAGAAUUAAUCAUCAAAUAUAUACCAUAUUACUAACUAUAAAGAAAAGAAAAGAAAUAAAAUAUAGAAAUCACCAAUAAAGUAGAUGUUAUAUCAGAUCCGAUAUUCGUAGAAAAUAAUCAUAUAUUUUCGGGAUAAAUUGAGAAGAAGUUCAUGAGUUCUAAUACGUAAACCAAAAUUUCCACAACAUCAAACCAGAAAUAUAUUAGUUAAAAGGUAUAAUUUUAUCUCGGAAGCAAAUGUCAAAGCGAUUUCCAAAUAAGCAGAUUUUCACACGUUUUAUUCUGAA